GCUUGGAACCAUUAGUUAAUGGAGGCUCAAGUUUCCGUUUCAAAAAAAAAAAAAAUCUUGCCGCCGAACAGGCCGGCUCCCUGCUCCACCUCCCGGUCCAGCGCGUGGCGGCGGCCGCCCCUCUCCACCCGACCCCUCUCGCUCCAGCCGGCAGCCGCGCCACCGCCCACCGAUUCCCUCCCGCGCCUGCGCGGGCGGCCCCGCUCGCCGUGCCCCUGCCCCAUGAACCUCUCGGAGGACUGGCGCUUCCUCUUCCCGGUCUCUGCCGUCUUCGCGGCGCCAUCCGCUGCCCCGCUGCCCGCCGCCGCCGCCUCCCGUGGGCCACUCCACUUCUCCCCUCUCCCGCCUCGCACCCCGCUGCUCUCCCUCCCCUUCCCCGUCCUGCCCCUGCGCUCCUCCACCCGCCGCCUGGACCGCCACCUCCGCUCGUUUGUCCGGGGCCCCUCCUUCCUCCCGCGCUCCGACCUAGAUUCCUUCUCUGAGACACUCCUCCCGCAGCCGUCUCUGCCCUCCUCGCCUCCGUCCAAUCUGAUCGCCGUCCUCCGCCGCCCCCGCCUCUCCUCGUGCUCUCUUAUCCUCUUCUUCCCCUAUGGCGAGAAUACUGAGCAUGUUGCCUUUGUUACUCUGGAUGCCACCACGGCCACUGGUUCCGCGCCCGUCUCGCCGGCCGUUCAGAGGGAUGGGUUCAAGCACCCGGGUCAACGCAUCCAGCAGCUUGCUACCACUGUUAAUGAGCCGUCCUGGGCGUCGGAGCCGGAAGACAGCCUUGAGGGGUUCCUGCUUGCCGUGACAAUGUACUCCCUGAAUUGGUUCAGGGUUGAGUCACGGGGUUUGGGUACUUCGGCCCUAGUGCCGGCUGCCAAGCAGGGGUUCGACUCUGUCAUCGUGCAUGCUUGCUGGAGUAGGCAUUUGCUGUCUGAAUGUAUUGUGUUGCUGGAGAGUGGGGAGUUAUGCUGGUUCAAUCUAGAUACACGGCAAGGUGGAAAAAUGAAAAUUGAUUUUGGUAGCAAGGAUGACUGUGGGGACUGGCUAAGCUGUGAUUAUGGGGCUCAACCGUGGAUAGUAAUUGUUGCGAGUUCAAAAUCCAUUCUUUUGAUUGACUUGAGAUUUGGGGACUGUGGCGAGUGCAAGGUUUUAGCAAGAGUUGGGAUGCCAGGACUGUUUGAAACUGACCCUUUUGCUGGGGCGGAUCAGUAUCUUGCAUUCUGCAGGGCUGGGUUUGAUCAUUUCCAUUUCUCAGUGGUGACAAAGCGUUAUUUGAUUCUACUUGAUGUGAGACAGCCGUUGACACCUGUGUUGGCAUGGCAACAUGAGCUUGAGAGCCCUAACAAUGUUGCUAUGUUUCGGCUUUCUGAAUUGAGACAUUCCAAGGAACAUGAGUGGGCAUCAAGUUCUGGUUUUGCUAUUUUGGUUGGUUCAUUCUGGACAGGCGAGUUCAGUGUGUUCUGUUAUGGACCUAAGGAGCAAGGCUGUCCUGAGAAUUCUCACCUGUAUGCUUGGGAUCUUCCAUCACGGUUCUCUCUGACAAAUCAGCACUGCAGCUGCAGCAAUGGAAUAGUGAAAGAUGUAUUCUCAAGGCCUGUUUCAAGAGAUGGCUAUGUUUCCCAACCAAGUAAGAACCCCACUAUUGGCUACUGCAUUCUUCCACAUGACUUCUUGGUGUCGGAGCCAUCAUUUACUGGCUUUGCUUUGAUUUGUCUGAAAGCAUUGGGGAAGUUAGAAAUGCAAAGGUACCGUGCAUCAGCAUCACAUGAUGAUGUCCCAUGUGAUGAAUCACAACAUACUGCCAGGACUAGCAAGUUAGCUACAUUUCCUGACACUCUCUGUGAAGAUUUCCCCUUCAGAUAUAGUUUAAUGAAGUUGCAUUUUCUAUCUAAAUAUCUGGAAGGGAAUCUGUGCAAUGCAUUGGUGAAGCAUUAUUCUGGUGUCAAUAAACAGAUGGGCCGAAUUAUUGUUAGUGAAGCUGUGUCAGAAUAUGCAGAAGAUAACUCUAGUUCAUCUUCUCGAUCAGUUUCAGAUUUUCUAUGCAAUGCUAGUAUCCCCAUGAACAUUUUUGAAAUUGCAUGCCAGAGAAUAUUGAACAGCCUACCAUCAAAUAUCCUUCAUGUUACCUUCUCGAAAUACAAGGACAUGCUAGCAUGCAGCACAGAGAAAACCGUAAGUGAGCAUUUAGAUGUUCCUACCUGUUUGGCACACGAUAAACUUCGACCUUUCCUGUUGGCAAAACCUUCAAGCAUAAGUUACUAUCUGACUAGCAAGGUUCAGUCUCCAAAUGCACUUGUUGGUCCAGUACUGCCCAUACAUGUUCUACUUGCAAUGGAAGAGAUAAGCAAGGGUAUAGAAAGCUUUUCUGAAGGAGCAACUUUAGAAACUGACUCUGUAAGCGAUCAAUGUAGUGAAGUUUUUGAAGCCUUUGAUCCUGUAAUAUCAAUUGCUGACACGCACAACUUUGAUGUUUCACAAGGGCUGAAUCACGAGAAGCCCUAUUUUGGUUAUGAGCCUCAGAUUGAACAUAGGUUCACCCUAGAUGGAAAUGCUGGAAAGGAGAAAGAAGAUCGUAAGCUAGACAAUCUGUUGCAUACAUCUGCAACAUCAUAUCAGGAUAAAAUCUUUACAACAUUUGUCUGCGGAAAAGCAAAAGUUCCUGAUUGUGGACCUGAACAAGCUGCAACUUCUUUCUUUGAUUUUGGCCCAGUGAGGAUGGACUUUGAUACCCCAGGCAUGGAAAUUCAGCCUGAUGAAGAAAAAAUGUACAAAUGCUUGACAAAACAAUUUGUAACAUGGCAAAACAGUUUCAAGCCAUACCAAGAUUUUUGUAGCUCUCAUAAAAUACAAAGGCUAAGCCAAUAGGCCCUUCCGUGGUUCAUGUAGUUUUAGCAGGGCUUCCAACCGGGCUGCAGCAGUUCCCGGCAGCCACCCAGACCAAGCUGCACGAGCUCCUCGGCAAGCUCAAGGCGGAGAUGAUGCCUCCUUAUGGGACACCACCACCAUAUGCCGCUAUGUAUGCACAAGGCACACCAUAUCAGCAGGCAUCCAUGCCACCGGGUUCACACCCAUACAGUCCUUAUCCUAUGCAGUCACCAAAUGGGACAGUUCAAACUCCAACAUCUGGUGCUGGCGGUACAGAGACGGAUAAAUCAAGCAAAAAUAAGCGGAAGGAUCCCUUGAAGAGAUCCAGAGGAAGUUUAGGUAGUCUGUAUGUAGUUGCAGCCAAAAAUAAUAUAUCACCCGCAAAACCUUCAGCUUCUUCCUCCAAUGAAGGUUCUUCACAAAAGUAAUCUCUUUACUUAUUUUUCUUUGUGUGAUACCAACAGUUAAAUUACCGAACCCACUAUCGAUCUGAUAUGCAGUGAGAGUGGAAGUGGGAGUUCUUCUGAAGCAAGCAGUACAAAUUCAAAAAGUGUAUGCCAUUGCACUAUAUAACUUCUUCACAUUUGAUCUCAAAAUGCUUUACAAAUUCCAAAACAGUGUAUCUUCCAUUCUUCUCAUUAUCGAAGGCCUAGUUUGUAUUAAUUAGAGUGUUCUAAUUUCAAAUCCUCUGGAUGGCACCUGCCGUAUGCAGAUCAAGUGCCUGAGAGGCGCAAUUUGGUACAGUUUUGCACGGGUUCUAUCUGUGUACAUGGUAUAAGCGGAUGCCACGAAAUGAGUACUGAGUUCCUUUUUUUGGAAAUAAGUUCUAAAAAAAUUAAACUGUAGCCUUGUAUAAGUUUCUUUAUUGCCCAGUGCUCAACAAAUUUACUGACCAUCCUUGAGUUGCAUUUCAUCUCAAUUAAUGUAAAGCAUGGACCCAUUCUUUUACAAUUCAUAACUUUCAUGAGAUACUAAAAAUAUUUGCAAACCUAGUUUUCUGCUUAAUCUAUCUUCUCGUUGGUUACUGUACGGACUUAUAUAUUAGAUGUAUAUGUUUGCCACACUUUUAAAACACAUGGUUAGCCUGCCAUCCUACCCUCUGCAUUUUUAUUGCUUUAUAUGCUGGAUAUAACCAUUCUCAAUACUAUCAAUGCUUACUGGCACAAAAGAAAAAUAAUAUUUUGCCUGCAGGAUUCAAGGGUAAAGGAUAAUUCUGAGCGUGGGCAUGGUAAUGGUAAUUGAUUCUAGGAGUAAAGGUACUCAAAGCUCUGCAGUUGAACCCACACAACCAUCUUAUGGUCCAGUUGUGCUUAACCCCAUGAUGCCAUUUUGGCCUGUCCCCCCUCCGAUGGGUGGUCCAGCAACUAUGAAUAUGGGAGUGGAUUACUGGGGUGCUCCUGCAUCUGUACCUGUACAUGGCAAAGUUAUUGCAGCACCAACAUCAGCUCCUUCAUCAAAUUCACGUGAUAUUGUUCUCACUUCUCAGUGAUCCAGCUAUACAGGAUGAACGAGAAUUGAAGAAACAAAAGCGGAAGCAAUCAAAUAGGGAAUCAGCUCCCGCUCAAGAUUGCGCAAACAUGUCUGUAACGUCUGCAGCAUUUCACGACUCCGUGGAUAUUAUUCUUUAGAAUAUCUUGUAGAUGGUUUGCAUUUCUGCCAACUGCUUAUCUUGGAGCAAGAGCAAUCCGCUUGUUAGUGAUAGAUCUAAGUUAAGUGGGAAGGUAACUCAGGAUUUUCGCCACCAUAAAACACAAUUGGUUGUACCUAUAAGAUUUUUACCUAUUCUCCUGUAUAAGGCCAUGGAAUAUAUUGGAUCAUGACAUUAUGUGUGCAGUUGCUGUAGAAUUCUGGACAAUAUGAACUCUACCUAUAUCUAACCUAAGCCACUGUAAACUAGGAUAUGGUUGAACCUAAUUUCAGUAGAUGAUGAGAAUAAUGGCCAAAUAUGUAAAUAUGCAUGACCAUGAGCAUGAAUAUGUUCCUGCGCAA